AUGGCACGCGUCACACUCCUUCAGAUGACGAUCGUCACGUACGUGGCACUGGGCAGUCUCACAUAUGGCUACUGUGCGAGCAUCAUCGCCACCACGCUCGGCCAGCCUUCGUUCCUGGCCUACUUCAAUUUCGCACAUCGGUCGAACCCUACACAGAUCAUCGGUGCCAUCAAUGGGCUAUUCCAGGCGGGUGGCUUCAUAGGCACUAUGAGCUGCACCGUGACCGCCGAUUAUCUGGGUCGACGCAAGGCUCUCUUGCUUGGGUCUUGUUUGUCAAUCCUCGGAGGCGCCUUGCAGGCUGGAAGCGUCAAUAUGACAAUGUACCUCAUUGCUCGAUUCAUCACCGGCACAGGAAUAGGUUCCUUGGUCACCCUAGUUCCUCUCUAUCAAAGCGAGAUUGCCCCUCCCAAAAUCAGAGGCCUGCUCGUCGGCAUGCACGGUGUGCUCAUCUGUACGGGAUACUCGAUUGCGAGCUGGGUGGGCUUGGGCUUCUAUUUCGUCCAUGCCCGCGGCAGCCAGUGGCGUGUCCCGCUUGCCAUCCAGUGCAUCCCUCCACUCAUCCUCGCGGCGGGCACCUUGUUUCUCCCGGAGUCACCCAGAUGGCUUUUGCUUCAAGAACGGGUCGAAGACGCAUACAAGGCUUUCAAAGCUGUCAGAGCCGAGGCUUCAGAUCCUGCGGACGAGGAGGCGGUGAGACAUGAAUUCAACCACCUCAACGCCCAGCUGCUCCAGGAGCGGCUGGAAGCAAUCUCAUUCAUGGACUUCUUGCGGAAACCUUCUUACCGGAAGCGGUGCUUUGUCGGGUUUAUGGUCCAGUUUACCGGACAGAGCACUGCGACCCAAGUUAUCAACAACUACGGCCCUUCUCUCUACUCUAGCCUUGGCUUCGGCACCGUCCAGCAGCUACUCAUCCAAUCCGGCUGGGUGACCAUCUGUCCUUUCGGGAACUACAUCAACGCCCUGGUGGUGGACAGGGUAGGCCGCGUGAAAAUGCUAGUCUUCGGUUUCACCGGCUGCGUUCUUGCGCUGAUCGGCGAGGCCAUCACCGUCUCAGUCUACGCCCGAACGGGAGAAAGACAAGUGGCCGGGGCGGCGGUAUUCUUCCUUUUCAUGCACAUUACUUGCUAUUCCAUCUCGGUGGAUGCGACAACCUGGAUCUACGCCUCUGAAAUCUUCCCUACCCCCGUGCGCGCCAAGGGUAUGUCGGUAUCCAUUUCGGGCCUGUUCGUCGCCACAAUCAUCUACCUGCAAUGUGCGCCGACGGCCUUCGCCGAGAUCGGCUGGAAGUACUACCUUGUCUUCAUCUGCGCCACAGCAGUCAUGAUCCCUGUGGUCUGGUUCUUCUUUCCCGAGACGAGUCAGAGUAGUCUGGAGCAGAUUGGGGCCUUUUUCGGCGACAAUGUCGAAGUCGACGACGAUAUCGUGCCGGAGAAGCAAAGAAUCCAAACCGAACACAUCGAGACCGAACACGUCGACAAAGUUGCCCAAGAACCAUAG